UGUGUGGUCCUGUGUUUUUAAAUUUGUAUUUCUAUUUAUUUUUUUAAUGAUAUUUAUUUUUAUAUUUUUUAUUCAGUCAUUGGUGGAGCUAAGGAUAGUAUUUGAAUCUGGUUGUUUAUGUAUUGGUUUUAUAUUUAUUUUGUUUUUAUUCAGUCAUUGGUGGAGCUAAGGAUAGUAUUUGAAUCUUGUUUUUAAUAUUUUUGUACAGCACUUUGGAAACAUUUUUGUUGUUUAAAUGUGUUUUAUAAAUAAAGUAGUUAAGGGAUGGCCAAGAGGGAGAAGAAGAGGGAGGACAAUUUAUCAUGUUGUAUGUAAUCUGGGAACCUUAUUUUCUAACUAAUGAACGUCUAAUGGUGUGCUUUGUUAGGCUUGAGCGCCAUCUGGCGGUGACGUUGGUUCAUUACAAGUUACAAAACUGACUUGUGUAAGUUUCAAUCAGCUGUUGGGUAACAAGCACUGUGACCAUGUGGCACCUUUGAUGUUUCUUUAAACCACAGUAAAAAACAGACUAUUGGUACAAAAAGCUGAAGAUGCCUACCGGCGGAGAAGACGACCGAGCUGUGGUGAGAAAGCUUCUGAGAGAAGUGCUUCUGGGCCGAGAAGAUCCGGAGGUUUUUUUUGCGAAGUGUGUGUCCGUGUUGGGGCACCAGGAGACCAGAGGGCACUUUUUAGCCGUCAUCAAGCCUCUGAUAGCGGCCAACACAUCCCUGCACUCCGCCCUCGUCUCCAUCUAUCGGGAAUAUUUCACUCAGGUGGAAGAUGACGAGCUGGAACUUACACUGACCGUGUCACAACUUGAAAUGCAAGAAACCCUGCUUCAGAAAGAUGAAGGAUCCACAGGUGGGCACACAAAGGAAGGAGGGCUAUGCGAAGCACGAAAGCCUGAGCAUCAGAAGGAUGCAGAGCUGAACAUGUCGCACGCGAGUCCAACAGUUUCUACCAUGCGGAAUACCGACAAAAAUGUCAGCAAUGUAAUGGAGGACAAGGUUUCACAGCAGAAGGCCAAGCGUUCUAAAACCAGAAGGCGGAAAGCAGGCGCCCAGCAGGUAGUUGGUCUGCCCUGCUCUCCAUCAGCAACACCACCUGUGUUGCUUUGGUUCCGCAGGGACUUGAGACUGUGUGACAACCCUGCUCUCAUCAGCUCCUUGGAGGUAGGUGCACCUGUCAUACCCAUCUUCAUCUGGAGUGCCCAAGAGGAGGAGGGGCCCGGGAUCACCGUGGCCAUGGGCGGAGCCUGUAAAUACUGGCUUCAUCAAGCGUUGGCGUCUUUCUGUUCAUCUCUGGAGCGUAUCGGCAGCCGUCUUAUCUUCCGUGAGGCAAACAGAGAGGGGUGCCACGUCGGAUCCACUCUGCACACGCUUAAAGAGCUGGUGAAGGAGACCGGGGCAAGAACCGUGCUGGCCAAUGGCCUGUAUGAGCCCUGGUUAAAGGAGAGGGAUGACGUGGUGCUGUCAGCGCUGCAAAAAGAAGGGAUUGACUGCACCAUGUUCCACUCGUACUGCAUCAGAGACCCGUACUCUGUCAGCACAGAGGGCGUUGGACUCAGAGGAAUCGGAUCAGUGUCUCAUUUCACGAACUGCUGCAGACAGAACCCUGGCUCUGUAUUGGGCACUCCACUGGACCCGCCCGUGUCCCUGCCUGCACCUUCCAACUGGCCUCUGGGUGUCACUCUAGAAGAACUGGGCCUGGCACGUAUGCCGCGGAGGAAAGACGGCACAACGAUUGAUUGGGCCGCUAAUAUUCGCAAGUCUUGGGAUUUUAGCGAAGAAGGAGCUCAUGCACGCCUUGAAGCUUUUCUCCACGAUGGUGUGUAUAGAUACGAGAAAGAGUCAGGCAGGGCCGACGCUCCAAACACCAGCUCUCUGUCUCCGUACCUUCACUUUGGUCAACUCAGCCCUCGCUGGCUACUCUGGGACGCCAAGGGGGCACGCUGUCGACCUCCGAAAUUCCAACGCAAACUGGCGUGGAGAGACCUGGCAUACUGGCAGCUAACCUUGUUUCCUGACCUACCCUGGGAAUCCCUCCGGCCUCCGUACAAGGCACUACGGUGGAGCAGCAAUAGCAAUCACCUGAAGGCUUGGCAGCGUGGUCGAACAGGCUACCCCAUGGUGGACGCAGCCAUGAGGCAGCUGUGGCUGACGGGCUGGAUGAACAACUACACCAGACACAUCGUGGCAUCUUUCCUCAUAGCAUACCUGCAUCUACCCUGGCAAGAGGGCUACCGCUGGUUCCAGGACACACUGGUGGACCCAGACGUCGCCAUCGACGCCAUGAUGUGGCAGAACGGUGGCAUGUCUGGUCUGGAUCAUUGGAAUUUUGUCAUGCAUCCUGUGGACGCUGCUAUGACAUGCGACCCCGUUGGCAGCUACGUCAGGAAAUGGUGUCCUGAGCUUGCAGAUUUGCCCGAUGACCUUAUCCAUAAACCCUGGAAAUGCCCGGCGUCCAUGCUGCGACGAGCAGGUGUGGUAUUUGGCCAGACAUAUCCUGAGAGAAUCGUUACAGACCUGGAGGAGAGGCGGAGUCAGUCUCUCCAAGACGUCGCCGAGGUUCGUAGACAACACGGACAGUACGUGGACAAACGCACAGGCUGCGACUUGGUCCCUAUGCCGCCACGCCUGGUCUCGGAGGCCCUGAGCUUGUCCCACAAUGCUGGCGGCGUGGCCUCAGCUGGCAAGCACUUCCUCCUACCCGUCAUCACCCGCAUGGAGUUCAAGUACCAGCUAGAAGAUCCGGACGCAGACGCUGCCUCCAAUCCUUACAACGCCGUCCUUAAAGGCUACGUGAGUCGCAAAAGGGACGAGACCAUCGCGUUCCUGAACGAGCGAGACUUCACCGCCAGCGUUUUGUACGAGGGAGUACAGAGGAAAGAGAGGCUGGAGAGGGACUAUCGCCGCAUGGAGGGGCUGCCUAGACCUCUGGAGCCACAAGGAAGAGCAAGGCGCACACCAAAUGCCAAAGACAGGUUCUCAAUAGUACCUGGUGGUGCUGUGAAAUCCCCCAGAUGACCAAGGGACAGAGGAGCUUCCUGAGGACACUUCCACACUGUAAAAAAGUUGACAAGAUGUUACAAAGUCAGGUAUUAACUUGCCUCUGACUGACUUGGGGACAAGUCUAGCACCAUCUGCUGGUUUACAUGUAUAAAUCUCUAAACACUAAAUACAGACGGAACUUUAAAAUGUUCUGAUUUUCAAUUUGAGGUUUUCAUAAGCUCUAAGGCAGUGGUUCUUAACCUGGGUUCGAUCGAACCCUAGGGGUUCGGUGAGUCGGCCUCAGGGGUUUGGCGGCACCUCCGCCGCGGAGGCAAGACACACCAGACACAUCGUGUAAAUAAAAACUUCUCCCUAUCGCCGUAUUAUGGAUACCCCCAAACAAUGUUCCCUCUAAUUUUCCAUCUGAUUCGCAGGUGUGUAAUUGGUUGUGAGUUCAUGCACUGUCUUGGUUUUGUUGUUUGAACAAGAUGAUGUUCAUGCACAGUUCAUUUUGUGCACCAGUAAAAAAAAACAUAACUUUGUCUUGAAUUUGAGAAAAAACCCAUUUUAUUUUUCACUAAAGAAGGGUUCGGUGAAUGCGCAUAUGAAACCGGUGGGGUUCGGUACCUCCAACAAGGUUAAGAACCACUGCUCUAAGGCUUUCAAAAGGCUUGAAAUAUAUUGAGUUGCAUGGUAUGAGCAUAUGUUUCAGCUUGUAAAUGUAAUUGCUGGAAUAAACAAACCUUUACACCA